AUGGGUCACCAGCAGCUCUACUGGAGCAAUCCAAGAAAAUUCGGUCAGAGUUCUCGUUCUUUCCAGGUCUGCUCAAACCGGCAUGGUCUGAUCCGGAAAUACGGCCUCAAUAUGUGUCGCCAGUGUUUCCGUCAGCACGCGAAGGAUAUAGGCUUCAUUAAGUUGGACUAA